GGCAUCUUGUUACACUUGAUCAGUACCGGGAAGUUAUCUCAACGUCAGAGAGUAGAAAGUGUGUCAAGAAUGUUUUUUUGCACACUUCACCCCCAGGCUAUUGCUCGAUGAAAUAUUCUGCUGCUUUUACUGUGGAAAGUGACUCCACAAAGUAAUGUGACGGUAAGAUAGUGGACCCUACAAAGUCUUGUCAGUGGGUGUGAAGCAUCAGGAGUCAAGACAGAAUCACGUGGAAAAUAGUUGUAGUGAUUUGCACGUGCAGAAGGUGUGCUGGAGCCAUUAAUAUUUACAAGACUUUGACGAACACUGACAUUUUUAUCUAAACUUUAUUUAACUAGUCAAGUCAGAUAAGAACACGUUCUUAUUUACAAUGACGGCCUGCACCGGCCAAACCCCGGACGAGGCUUAGAGAACACUGGGACAACCUAUCACUCCAGCCCUCCUUAAAUGAGCACCCUGAACAGGUUAAAUGCCCAAACCCAUCUGGGAUAUUCCAAAAUGCACCUAAACAGACCUGCUGAGCGCUCUGGGGAAGAUGUGGACAUCAUACUGGCCAGGCUGAAAUGUGUGAAGGUCUUUGAGCGGUUCCACCCUAGCCUCCUACAACAGAUAUGCCUGUGUGGAGAGAGGCGUCACAUUAUAUCGUCAAGGAGAUAUUGGUACCAGCUGGUAUGCUGUCCUCUUUGGCUCACUUGAUGUCAAAGUGUCAGAGACAGCAAAUCAUCAGGAUGCGGUUACGAUUUGCACUCUGGGGAGUCGAUCCUGGAUAACACCCCUCGGCACGCCACCAUUGUUACCCGGGAAUUCAGUGAACUCCUCCGCAUUGACCAGAGGGAGUUCAAGUCUCUGUGGGAGAGAGAUCGUCAGUGCAUGGCUGGACUGCUAGCCCCAUCUUAUGGAGUUAUGGAAAGUGGUGGACCCAGCCCUGACAGAAUGCCGGACAAAGAGAACAUAAGCAACAACUCUUCUGGAUCCAUCUCUAAACAUCUGAGUAAGAAAUCCUUCACAGAAAGCCCAGACAAAAUCCAUCCUAAAUCCAUUUCUCAGGUCCCAUCUGAGAAGAUCAUGCGAGCAGGGAAGGUUCUACGUGAUGCCAUCCUCUCCAGAGCUCCCCACAUCAUCCGAGACAGGAAGUACCACCUGAAGACAUACAGGCAAUGCUGUGUGGGAACAGAGCUGGUUGACUGGCAGAUGCAGCAGAGCUCCUGUGUUCGCUCUCGCAUUCAAGCAGUGGGCAUGUGGCAGGUGCUGCUGGAGGAAGGAGUUCUCAACCACGUGGACCAGGAGCUGACCUUCCAGGACAAGUAUCUGUUCUACCGUUUCUUGGAUGAUGAGCAGGAUGACGCUCCCCUGCCCACUGAGAAGGAGGCCAGGGAGAGUGAUGAGGAGCUGCAGGAUACCCUCCUCCUCCUCUCCCAAAUAGGCCCUGACGCACACAUGCGCAUGAUCCUGAGGAAACAGCCAGGACAGAGGACAACAGAUGAUUUGGAGAUAAUUUAUGAGGAGCUGCUCCAUAUAAAAGCCUUAUCGCACCUUUCCACCACUGUAAAGAAGGAGUUAGCCGGAGUCCUAAUCUUUGAGUCCCAUGCCACAGCAGGAACCGUGUUGUUCAAUCAAGGGGAGGAAGGCACAUCGUGGUACAUCAUUCUAAAGGGCUCUGUAAACGUUGUCAUUUAUGGAAAGGGGGUUGUUUGCACGCUGCAUGAGGGAGAUGACUUUGGGAAGCUUGCCCUGGUCAACGAUGCCCCCCGCGCCGCCUCCAUUGUCCUACGAGACGAUAACUGCCACUUCCUACGUGUGGACAAGGAGGACUUCAAUCGGAUCCUCAAAGAUGUGGAGGCCAACACGGUGCGUUUGAAAGAGCAUUAUCAGGAUGUUCUGGUCCUGGAGAAGAGCCCCAGCAGCCAGGCCUCCACCUGUGGCUCCACCACCACCACAGCCACCUCCUCACACUAUAAAUACACUGUGAUGUCCGGGACACCGGAGAAGAUUCUGGAGCACUUUCUGGAAAUGAUGCGACUGGACUCUCACCUUAACGAAUCAGAUCCAGCUCUGGACGACUUUGUGCUCAUGCACUGCGUCUUCAUCCCUAACAGUCAGCUGUGUCCGGUGCUCAUGGCCCACUACCAUGCUGAGGCGUCCCAGGGCUCAGAACAGGAGCGUCUUGACUAUACCCUGAACAACAAGAGGAGGGUGAUCAGGCUGGUGCUGCAGUGGGCCUCAGUACAUGGAGACCACCUGCAAGAGGAGGAUGCCUCCCUCGCCUUCCUAGAGGAGUUCUUUGUGUCUGUAUCUGAUGAUGCCAGGGUGAUUCCUGCUCUGAAAGAUCAACUCCCAGAGUUAGAGAAGAUCGUUAAAAACAACUCUGGUGACGCCAGAUCCUCUCAACAAAAGCACAAAAUCCUGUUGAGGCAGUUCAGCAUGGGGGAUGAGAGGCUGCAGAAACGACAGGCCAUCAAGAGUAAUGAUGAGAUCCUGUUCAAAGUGUACUGCAGCGACCACACCUACACCACCAUCCGGGUCCCCAUGGCCGCCUCGGUCAGCGAGGUCAUCAGCGCGGUGGCCGACAAGCUGGGGUCAGCGGAGGACCUUCUCCUGGUCAACCUCAGUUCGGCCGGAGAUAAAGUGGUGCUAAACCCCAACGAUAUUUCCGUCUUCUCCACACUCAGCAUCAACGGCCGUCUAUUUGUCUGUCCCGGGGAUCAACUGGAUUCAUUGAUUCCCUUACCAGAGCAGGAAGGACCCUCCACAGGCUCCCUGGGCAGCUUUGAGUUGAUGAGCUCUAAAGACCUGGCCUACCAGAUGACUCUCUACGACUGGGAACUCUUCCACUGUGUACAUGAGCAUGAGCUGAUCUACUAUACAUUUGGGAGGAAGAACUUCAAGAAGACUACGGCCAACAUGGACCUGUUCCUCAGGAGGUUCAAUGAGAUUCAGCUGUGGGUGAUCACGGAGAUCUGUCUGUGUGCUCAGCUCAGCAAGCGUGUUCAGCUGCUCAAGAAGUUCAUCAAGAUCGCUGCCCACUGUAAGGAGUAUAAGAACCUCAACUCCUUCUUCGCUAUUAUCAUGGGCAUGAGUAACCCAGCCGUGAGCAGACUGAGUCAGACAUGGGAGAAACUACCCAGCAAAUUUAAGAAGUUUUACAGCGAAUUUGAAAGCUUAAUGGACCCGUCCAGGAACCACCGGGCGUACCGGCUCACUGUGGCCAAGCUGGACCCGCCCAUCAUUCCCUUCAUGCCGCUGCUGAUCAAAGACAUGACUUUCACUCAUGAUGGAAACAAGACGUUCAUUGACAGUUUGGUCAAUUUUGAGAAAAUGCGAAUGAUCGCAAACACAGUGAGAAUAGUGAGAUACUGCAGAAGUCUGCCAUUCAGUGCAGAACCAUCUCAGACCAGUAAGAACCACCUGGACGUGAGGAGCUAUGUGCGCCAGCUGACUGUGAUUGACAACCAGAGAACCCUAUCUCAGUUUUCCCACAGACUGGAACCACGCAGGACAUGAAGCUUGGAUGGACACUGGACAGACACGGGACAUGUCACAUGCUGCUGCUCUACUGCCGACAAUAAGCUUGCUUUAUAUGUUGUACCAGUACACACACAUAUCCACUUUGCUACAUGGAACUUCACAUUAUUAUUCAUGCAGUUUAGUGAAGUAAGCUGCAGAGUUCAUCGGCUCCACCUUCAACUGUAUUUCAAGUGUCAGUAUCAUUUCUGCUGCUUGUUUUCCUUUGUGUAUCAUUUUCAUUUUUGUUAUCAAUGGGCAGCAGUCACUCUGCUUUAAAUUUCACCAAGUAUUUUCAAAUUCAUCUCAUUCUCAUGUCCCUGAAGCUCUAUUUAAUUCUUUGAAGUCACCAGCCCCACGAAAAGGACACAAUCUAUAAAGCGAAUUAUCGUUUGGAAAUAAUCAUCCAUUUGAUUGUUGUACAAUAAUCUGUGAGGUUUGUUAAACAGAUAACUUUUCCAGGUGGAAACAUUGGCUCUUACUUCACUCUAACCUCCUAAAUUCCAAAUCAUGAUAUUCAGAUGAUGUUUCCAAUCUUUUUUCUAAAUCAGAUUUGAUGCUUUUUAUUACACGUGUACAAUGUGUUCAUAUAUCUAUUAUGGCCUCAGCAUGCAAUGAUUUGAGAUGUUGGGCUGGGAUGUACAGAAUGUGAGCACGUUCCUCUUUUAAAGUCUCUAAGGUAACCGUUUUCUGCAAACAUUUUAGCCAUGUGUAUUCUGUAAAUAUUAAAAAUGAAUUCGAUGUAUCUGCUGUC